AUGGUUAGUGAUGGUAUCACUAGAGGCAGGCUGAUAAUAAAUUAUCACAUCGGUUUCAGUAGCUCCUUACCAUUGAUAGCAUCCUCUCAACCAAUGGUGUUUCUACGACGACUAAUUACAGCUCUUCUUUUAUUAUGUGCCAUCUAUAAUUGCUCUGCUAUUCACUGCUUCAAGUUCGAACAAAGACAACAAGGAGGCGAGGUCUAUAAAUCAGCUAAAGUUCAAGUAGACUGUGGUGACGAUGUAAAAUACUGCUGGUCAUUGAGUCGAGAUGAUCUGGAAUUAAACAUUUAUUCGGAAGAUUGUCCUGAUAUGAAUUCCGAAAACGGCAAGUGUGAGGAAGCGAAAUGUCGAGGUGACAAAGACACCAAAAUCUGCUGUUGUGAUACCGAUUAUUGUAACUCGGCCUUUAAUAAUUUCGCUACUGCUGGAGCACUGAUGUUCUUGCUUUGUUCUCUCGUAUUAUAA